CAAUAGAAGAAUGGUCUCUCAGUAGUCGUCUAUAUGUACCCUGUAGAACCGAAUUUGUGUCCAGAACAUGAAAAUCGCAAAUACGUCUCUACAGGAAUACAUGGGCGACGUAAAAGCCACGAACGCCAAGUUGGGUUUGUAUUCGUCUCGGUCUGAGGCACGUGACUUUGCAUGAAAGUCGUGUGUGCUUAGUUACUACCAUAAGGAGUUUGAAAAAAUUAGUAUAAAACUAGGCCUACCACAGGAAGACAUGAACAUACUGAGCCAAAAUUGUAGAAACGGAAAUAUGCUGUAUCCAAUGUAAACGAUUGAUUUAAAGCCUUUAUAUCUUAAUUAAACACAGAAUCUGCUUUGUGCCACCACACAAAUUCUCCCUGUGUUCGUCGAAUCAUAGGCUAAAUAAACUCUAAACAUAGAAUUUAUAACGCAUAGGCCUAUUAAUUUUAUAUAACGAAGAUGACAGGGAUCUUCAUUUGUAUACUGGCAUAAAUGCUCUCAAGAGAUAGGUAAGUGAAAAUAUGUUUAUAGGCUACUACUAGAUAUUUUCCUGCAUGUUCAAGUCAUAAAAUCAUAAAAUCAGCAAGUCAUAAAAUCCGUGGUUAAAAAGCAUUGUAUAAUGUUGUGUAAUUGUUUGCAUAUUAAAUGCAAUUGUUUUUUUGUUUUUUGUUUGUUUUACUAAUAGCAUAAAAUUAUUAAUAUUACUAAUUAGUUAUUAGUAUACUAACUAUUAGUAAUUAGUGAAACUCAUAGGUAACGGCACAUGCACAAGUUAACUGAGAAACAUCCCUGCUAUGACAUGAUCCGAGAAGAUUUGGCCAUUGUGUAUGCGUCUGUAUGUGAGAGAGAGAAAGGAGGGAGAGAGAGAGAGAGAGAGAGAGAGAGAGAGAGAGAGAGAGAGAGAGAGAGAGAGAGAGAGAGACACACAGAGAGAGAGAGAGAGAGAAAGAUAGAGAGAGGGAUAGAGAGACUGAGAGACUUCGCGGACAAUGGCGGAAAAUUGAAGGUAUAUUUGCAAAAGCUGUGGUUCCUUAUCCGGGGACUACAUCGCCCCAUGCCAUUGGGCCAUCGCAUCACGUGGUAAAAGUAACUUUACAGGGUUGCUCGCUAGUAGGAGGGCUUUAUGGAGCAGAAAAACGACAAAGCUAGAAAAAUUAUUUUCCACUCCAGAAAUUAAUGAUCAUGAGCUCGUAUUUGAUGGACUCUAACUACAUCGAUCCGAAAUUUCCUCCUUGCGAGGAAUAUUCGCAAAAUAGCUACAUUCCCGAACAUAGCCCCGAAUAUUACAGCCGUGCAAGGGAGAGUGGCUACCAGCAUCACCACCAGGAGUUAUACCCUCCGCGGGCAAGCUACCAGGACCGUCAGUUUAACUGUCCAAGCAUCCCUGAGCCUGAUACUCAAAGAGGACAUGGACUUCCUCACGCGGGGCACCUGCUCGGAAAAGGGCAACCUGCCUCAUGUGAGCCCCCACCGUUACCCCUGUCUCCUGCCACCCCUCCGGCUGCAUCCUCCGCCUGCAAUCAAGCCACCCCGGAGCAUCCCAACAGCUCAGCCUCUGCCAAACAACCCGUUGUGUACCCAUGGAUGAAGAAAAUUCACGUCAGCACCGUGAACCCUAAUUACAAUGGAGCGGAACCCAAGCGGUCUAGAACUGCUUACACUCGCCAGCAAGUCUUAGAAUUGGAGAAGGAAUUCCACUAUAAUCGGUACUUAACACGGCGAAGACGUAUCGAGAUUGCUCAUUCCUUGGUCCUCUCGGAGAGGCAAAUCAAAAUUUGGUUUCAGAACCGCAGGAUGAAGUGGAAAAAAGACCAUAGGCUGCCAAACACCAAAGUCAGAUCCUCGUCCUCCACGGGCAUUUCCUCCGGGUCCAACACAAGCUCCGCGGCGGCAGCUUCCACCACUAACACCAUAUCAGCCUCCGAGGACCUCUCCGGACCCGAGCGUGCCGAGGAUAUUACAAGGAUAAUCAUUCGAAAUUGUAAAAUAGUUGAAGAAUGCGGAGGAACCCGGAGUCGUCGUUUGGUUGCUUACGAGCACUUUACAACUCAAACAGCGAGCGUGCGAGGCUAUUGGAGGAGGCCAUCACGUGACUGCAUUGUUUACCCUUGUUGGAAAACAGUUAAAAUGCGAGGAGAGCAGUUCUGCGUGGAGUCAACAUGCUGAAGAAAAUUCAUCAAAACAUUAUGAAGGCCAUAUUUGGAAUUUUGAAGAACUCUCUCAAAUCCAACAUCCCUUUUCAUCCUCUGCGGAUGCCAAUUACCCUACGAAUGAAAAGAUCAACUCCUUGGACCAUGCGAGUGCUACAAGAGACAAGAGAUGCAAGCUGCCAACUUCCUGCUUUCCAAGCAAGAAGAACCCCUGG